CAGUGAUGAGGCUGGAAGGCCGCCAUUUUGGAUGUGAGCUGGAGCUGCCGGUGCCCGAACGAGUUGCAGCCGUCGGUGCGAUCGCUUCGGCUGCUUGUUGGUGUAUUGACUUUGGAAAAAGUUGGGUCUCAAGAUUUCUAAAGAACUUGUUUAAAAAUUACCAGCUGGAAAUAAAAAUACUAUGAGGAUGCCAGCCCCCAUCAGGUUGAGGGAGCUAAUCCGGACUAUCCGGACAGCCCGGACUCAGGCUGAGGAACGAGAAAUGAUACAGAAGGAAUGUGCUUCAAUUCGUUCUUCAUUCAGAGAAGAAGAUAACACCUACCGAUGUCGAAAUGUGGCAAAACUAUUGUACAUGCAUAUGCUAGGAUAUCCUGCACACUUUGGACAGUUGGAGUGCCUAAAACUGAUAGCCUCACAGAAAUUUACAGACAAGCGGAUUGGUUAUCUAGGUGCGAUGUUGCUGCUCGAUGAGCGGCAAGAUGUCCACUUGCUUAUGACAAAUUGUAUUAAAAAUGACUUGAAUCAUAGUACUCAGUACGUCCAAGGUCUGGCACUCUGCACACUUGGCUGCAUGGGAUCAUCAGAGAUGUGCAGAGAUCUUGCAGGAGAAGUGGAAAAACUGCUAAAGACAUCCAACUCCUACCUAAGGAAAAAGGCAGCGUUAUGUGCAGUGCAUGUAAUUAGAAAAGUGCCUGAACUCAUGGAAAUGUUUCUGCCAGCUACGAAAAAUCUGCUGAAUGAAAAAAACCAUGGUGUCCUUCACACAUCGGUUGUACUUCUCACUGAAAUGUGUGAACGAAGUCCUGACAUGUUGGCACACUUCAGGAAAUUGGUUCCUCAGCUUGUUCGGAUCCUGAAAAACCUUAUCAUGUCUGGCUACUCACCAGAACAUGAUGUCUCUGGCAUUAGUGAUCCUUUCCUUCAGGUUCGAAUAUUGCGGUUAUUACGAAUGUUAGGCAGAAAUGAUGAUGACUCAAGUGAAGCUAUGAACGACAUCCUUGCACAAGUUGCAACAAACACAGAAACAAGCAAAAAUGUGGGUAAUGCAAUUUUAUAUGAAACUGUUUUGACGAUUAUGGACAUCAAGUCAGAGAGUGGACUGAGGGUUUUAGCCAUCAAUAUCUUGGGGCGAUUCUUGCUAAACAAUGACAAAAAUAUUCGGUAUGUGGCACUAACAUCGCUGCUCAAAACUGUCCAAACAGAUCAUAAUGCAGUCCAAAGGCAUAGAAGUACAAUAGUGGAUUGUUUGAAGGACUUGGAUGUAUCAAUUAAAAGACGUGCAAUGGAACUGAGCUUUGCUCUUGUAAAUGGAAAUAACAUUAGAGGAAUGAUGAAGGAAUUGCUCUAUUUCCUGGAUUUAUGUGAUCCCGAAUUCAAAGCAGAUUGUGCAUCCGGCAUCUUUCUUGCAGCAGAAAAGUAUGCACCAUCAAAGAGGUGGCACAUAGACACAAUAAUGAAAGUCUUAACAACGGCUGGAAGUUAUGUAAGAGAUGAUGCGGUGCCUAACUUGAUCCAGUUGAUAACCAACAGUGUAGAAAUGCAUGCAUAUACAGUACAGAAACUUUACAAAGCCGUCCUGGAAGAUAUCUCUCAGCAACCUCUUGUACAAGUGGGUGCUUGGUGCAUGGGAGAGUAUGGUGACCUUUUAAUAUCUGGCCAAUGUGAAGAAGAGGAGCCUAUUCAGCAGGUGACGGAAGAUGAAGUUAUGGAUGUUUUAGAAAAUGUACUACAGUCUAACAUGUCAACGUCUGUAACAAGGGGCUAUGCUCUCACUGCAAUUAUGAAACUAAGCACAAGAUUUACUGUAAAUGUGAAUCGAAUCAAGAAGAUUAUAUCUAUCUAUGGAAGCAGCAUAGAUGUGGAACUUCAGCAAAGAGCUGUUGAAUAUAAUGCACUUUUCAAAAAAUUUGAUCACAUGAGAUCUGCACUGCUAGAACGCAUGCCUAUAAUGGAGAAGAUAACAACUAAUGGGCCUACAGAAAUUGCACAAACUAAUGGAGAGGCUGAACCGAUAAUAGUGGAUACUAAAUUAGCAUCUAGCACCCCUCAGCCUUCUAGCCAGGCUAAUGACUUAUUGGAUUUGCUUGGGGGAAGUGAUGUGACACCAGUGAUUCAGACUCUCCCACCCAGUAAACCAAACUCAGCUGGUGGAGAACUUCUAGAUCUGCUAGGAGGGCUGGAUUUAUCAGGUGGUACAAUGCCAUUAAAUGCCCAAGCUCCACAAUUUUCACAGACACCACUUCUGUUGGAUGGUUUAGCGUCUCAGCCAGUCUUCAAUGAUUUAAGUUCGGGAAUUCCUUCAGUUACAGCAUACAGCAAAGGUGGUUUAAAAAUUGAUUUUAAUUUUGAACGUUCCAAUACGAAUCCUAAUGUAACUGUUGUUACAAUAAAUGCUACCAACUCCACAGAAGUAGAUAUGACGGACUUUGUAUUUCAAGCUGCGGUACCAAAGACAUUUCAACUGCAGCUUCUUUCUCCAAGUAAUAACAUAAUUCCAGCACAAAAUGCAGGAGCUGUCACACAGGUCAUUAAAGUGCUCAAUCCGCAGAAGCAACAACUCCGUAUGAGAAUCAAGAUUACGUACAACCUCAAUGGAUCACCAGUGCAAGAUUUAGCAGAAGUAAAUAACUUCCCUCCUCAAUCAUGGCAGUGAUUCUUAAUGUUUUUUUGUUUUUGGAAGGCAACACCCCUCUUUUCAACCAGUGGAUUUUAGUAAAUCAUUGGGAAGAUUGUAUCCUGAGUGUGCCUACAUUCACAUCUUAAUGUUUGGAAUGUGGGAUGCAAAAAUAAUGACCAAUUAUGAAGAAUAUCUGCCUACAAUUGCUAUUCCUUUUUCAAAACAUGUCCAUGUUAGUCUCUAUCAACAUCGUGUUCAUCAAUGGAGUAUCAGCUCGUGGUAUGCACUACACGUUGUUUCUGCUUUACCCUACUGAUCUUUGCAGAACUUGGAACAAUUACACAGGAGUUGUGAUCCAGUCAGUGCUACCCUAGAGUCAGUAAGAGUUCAGCAGCUUUACAAGAUUUCAGAGUCAAGAUAUCAAGAAACCUUUGUUUAUUUUUUUGUCAUUAAUACUUUGGGAAUUGCAUUAGAGAGCAUUAUAAAUUGAUUAUAGGUCCUGUACUGUAAUGAUUUUCUUUGGAAUGGUUCUUUUAUAAAAUGUUCAAUGCAUUUUUGCCCUUUUAGUAUUUACUAGUUGAACAGUAAAAAUUGGAUAAUGACACUCAACCAAAAAUGCAUUUGUGCAAGUUGUCCCCAAGUUACGGUAGGGUUCUGUUUCUGUGAAUUGUUCGUAACCUGAACAGUUCUCAAGUCGCCAUUGCAGCCUCCAGCUGAGUUCCCAGGCAACUGCAAUCCCACAGCAACCAGCAAAUCCAUACUGUCAGUCUCCCAAGCACUCAUUCUUAUGUAUGGGCUGUUUAUAGUCUAGGUAGGAUCAGUAGUGGGAGGAUUGCUGUUGCUCAGUAAUUUGAUUCAUUUUCUUGAUACUUUUCAUAAUGAGCAUUAAAUGUGUGUGAUAUUCCAAUUAGUGGUAACAAUGAAUCUGAAGUGAAUAUUAUUCUCCUGAUAUGAAAAACAGUACUUUUUUCAAAAACCUGUUUUAAUAGCGUAGAGUAAUCUUCAUAAAGUAGAUAAUUUGAUUUGCACAGAGAUGGUAAAUUUUUUCACCUUUUUGAACUGGAAUUUUGAUUGAUAUUCCUCUUGUUGCAAGUUGAUUAUUUUUGUCAACAGAUACACCUUAGCCAACAAACAUUUCAACCUCCUCAAAGUCUGCUUCACUUAAAUUCAAAUGACAAAGUUUUGUGUUUCUUGGACAACUUUAUGUAUAUCAUGAAAUGCCAUUGUGUUGGUAUUGUGUAACUAUUAUUUUGGAGUAAUUGACUUCAAAGAUGGCAAAAACAAUUUGGAUAUUUUAAUUGUUAUUUGUUAAUUGAUAUCCCACAAAUCCUAAUCCUCAAAUCCUUUGAAAAUGAAUUUGAUUGGGUCUUCAAUUUCAUGGACUUGCAGAAUGGUUUUUGGUAUAUUUGCAAAUAGAUGCAUUGACUAAAUGUAAUAGAACAAUUGGGUUUCAGUAAUAAAUUUAGAAUAUUUUGUAAUGGCUCUCUAAAUGAGUUAUUGCAAUUUCAAGUCUUUACCCCAAAAGAUAACAAGUAUUAAAGCAAAAUACUUAAUAAACAAAAAUCAUGACCUUGCUUUUGGUGUGAAAUUUAAACUGGCUUAACAUUAGUUUAAUAAAUGUUUAAUUAACUAAACAGAACAGGUCACCUGCUCUGAAAAUGUUACUUCUGCCUGCCAUUUUAUUUGAUCUUUUGUUUGGUAGGGUGGGGUUUGGUAGGCAAAAAUGGUUAUUUAUUUUAUAUCAGAAACUUUGGAUAGUUUUUGACAAAUCCUGAAUGUAUUUGAGCAGUUGAUGGUAUAUCUACUUGAUGCUCUUAUCCUUGAUGCCUGCAUCCAUAAAGUGUAACUAUUUCAGUAAAUGUUCGAGCAAGGAUGAGUUAAAGUUUUUAAAUUUAGCUUGCCAUAAAAGAUGAAGGUUGUUCUUGGUUGUCAGAGGAUUAAUAUGUAACUGUUUUGCACAUAGUGUAUACAAGCUACAGUAUGUUUUUGUAAGCACAAUAUGAAAUGAUCAUUCAGCAAAUUGGUUACUCUGGUAAAUGAAGAAUUAUCACUACAGUCUAAUUCCUUCAUAUAAAACCCAGUAAUUAACAGAAUUAGAGUGGUUUCUCUGCUGUUAAUCCAGUUAAGUACGUGAAAUCAUUAUGUUUUCCACUUAUUCAUUUUGAUCAAAAGUUUAAAAAAAAUGUGUAAAUUGCUGGGUAUGCCUUAUUUAACGCAAUUGUAUUUAGAUAUUUGUGCCAGAGCAUUGAUUGCAGGAUAUUGCUUACCUGUUCGUAAUUAUGGAUUGUUACUAUCUCCAUGUUUCAUUUCCAUGUUAAUUAACAGUUUGAGCUGAUUUCUUUAGUUCAGUACCAUAAUUAAAUAGGUGUGCCUAUGCCAUCUGCAUUCUAAAACUAUGUAUAACUUUCUAAAAAAGGAAUAAAUCAAUAUUUUAACAGGCCAUUAGUAAAUUCAUAAUAUUUAAUAACCAAUGGGGCACUGUAAAUUUGCAUUUAUAAAAAUGCAUGAAAUAGUUUAUGUAAUUAAUAUGGUAAACUAUCCAUUGUCCUUUGAUUUCAGUUAAUCUGAUGGAAAUGGUAGUAAUUGAUUUGCCAUUAUAUAAUUGCUACUGUGGAAGAAAAAUAAUUAGGCAAAGAAGUAUGUAGUAACUUAAUAAAUUCACUUCCCUCCCCCCAAGUUGGUUGAUUAAUUUUUGUUUUGGGCUCUUAGAAGUCUAGCUAUGGUUGAGGGGCUUUCCAUUAAGAUAUCAACAAUGACCUUAUUAUGGAUAUUUACAGCAUGCUGGCAGUUAUGUUAAAUAUUGAUUACAAAUACUUCAGCACUUUUUAGUAAUUUCUAGUUUAUUGUAGAGCAGAGUAUUAAAAUAAAGCUUAAAGUCGAACUAAAAAUUUGCUUUAGCUGGAAAUUAAAUAGAAAAUAUGGGAAAUAUUCAGCUGAUUGAGCAGGAGAUGGGAAAUAGUUAACUUUUUAGAGCUGUGAUCUAUCAUAACUCCUGAUUAAGGUCAUUGAUCUGAAAAAAUGUUUGGUUAUACUAUCAUUUAAUUGUUUUUUGUUUGGCAGGGUCCACACCAAGGAUAUUAAUGUCAUGUUUUCAAAUCUUUUAUUUUUGUAUAGUUUUGAUAGUCCAGAUAUUUUUGUACUACUCAGUGUAGCAUAUCUUUCUUCAUCAUUUGAUGAUAUGCUGGAACCUUCACUGUCAUAUGUUAAUGAGCAUCUGUCAGGAAUAGUUAAAUAGCUGAGUUUGUUCAUCGUGAAUUUGUGUGCUUUUGGUCAUUUUGCUUUAGUCCUACCUGAUUGGUCAACUGAAAGUGAAUCAGAAAUUGAACAUGUAGUCCACUCCAACAAUUUUUAUAUCAUUAACUAAGUUAUUAAUUAUCCUUGAACAGAAAACAUGACAUCUUAUCCAAAUUGGAAUUGUUUAAAAUAAUACUGUCUGGAUAUGAUUUUAAUUUGUUUUGAACUGUAGGUAAACCAGGAAGCAUGUACAUUAAAAAAAAUCAAUACAUUCCUACAAAGCAAAGCCACUAAACUGUUAAUCUUUUUCAAAUUAUUAUGCUAUUAUUCAAAUUCAUCAUUGCAAAUGUUUUUAAAAAUCAUGGUGGUUUGAGGCUCCAAGCACUGGCAGGUGUAAAUAUUCAAAUGAGUGAAAAGGAGAUGUGAGCACUCCCAUGCUGUUGUAUAGAGACUUUCAUAUGAAUGUAUUCUAGAAAUGCAUAGUGUCUAAUAAUAUUUGGGGGGCAAUUUAAUUAAAUAUUUGUAUUAUUGAAGUCUGCUGGUGAAUUUUUAAAAAUGAAAUAGGUGGAUAAGAUUGAGAAAGCAGACAUUUUGACUACUGAUUAAAUUCACUUCGUACACUGUGCAAUAAAGUCAAAAAUGUGGGUCAGCAACUUUUAAGGUUUUAUGUUGAUCUACUAACAUCUGUUUUUAUUGCUUUGAAUCUUUGUGCUGAGAGCAAAAGAUUGCUGUUUCUGCACUUGCACCUUUCUGAUGCUGUACAGCCUUCAUUUUUGAACCCAGAGAUUUGCUUUAUCACAUUAAUUUCAAAGCUCUAUUAGUUCAGCUUUCCUUUUGUUGCUGGAUCAUGGACAAAUGUGUUUUGAGUACAGAAGAGAUUUUUUAAAAAUUGUGGCUUAUAUUCAUAGGUGUAAAUGUUCACUUCUAUUGUGGGACUGCUUUAUUAAAUUCUAUGGUUGCAUUCAAGAAUUGUGAAUUGGGUUAAGUAUUAGUUAAAAUACAUGAAUUAAUAGUUCUUAGAGUCUUACAUUAUCUGCCAGCACCUUAAUUACUGCCAGUAGUUCAUCUCCUUAAGUUGAUUAAAAAGGCUAAAUCAGUGCAGAAAAUUUAUUUCACAAAGAUGAUUCCUCAAUGGAGACAAUUUCAUGCAAUAGACUUUGCUAACAUGCUACAUAUUUGGCUUGGGAAGGAGUUUUGUUUUGAUGUGUAACAUACCCAAAUCUGAGAAUUGUGCAAAUUGGUAUUCCUUCUAGUGGGUGUAUCUUUUCUUUCUAAAUAAAGAAAAUAUGGUUGUCAGGUUUAUGGUGGAGUGUGCUCCAUUGGCCUGCUAUUCUUUCCUAGAGAAAAAUUUCAGUAGCAUUAUAAAUACUGAGGGGUAAAUGUUUAGGGAAGCUGUGUUUGGGGAUAAAAGUUGCCUUGAUCUGAAACAAUGUAUAAAAUACAGGUAAGAGUUGUCUAACUUUGGGAAUUGUUUGAACUAUUACAAUCUAAUCCAUACCUCUUAAACUGUCAGGAUGCAUGAAUUAAUGUGUAAAUAGCCUUAUAUUUGAUUUCAAUUACCUGAUGCAUUACUGCAAAUUUUACUGGUGAAACUGAGCCUGCAGUUUUGAAAGCUGGAAUUCCAUUCUUUAAGAUUGCUUUGUUACUGUACCAUAUGAUACGGAGACAGAGGGAACUAGGUCUUCAAAUGCAUCAAACUUUUUCACUUUUUCCAUUUCAUAAGAUGUGCCUCGCCUGUGAUUCUUUAUCCUUAACUAUAUUGUAAGUUUUAUGAAAUACGUCUAUCAUUGGGAAAAUAAACAAUUACUACAAGCUUAUUUUUGAGAUAUUGUACAAAAUGAUGUCCAUUGAUCUUGAAGUGAAUGGGACAUAAAAGUAACUGGGUCAUUUUAGAUUUGUAUGUUUUGUCUUCUGGGUUGCAAAAAUUGAUCAUUGACUAAUAAAAUAAAUGGAAAAGUCCAUA